AUGGCAGGUGCUGAAGAUCUUUCCAAGGGACUGACACAAUUGUCCCUUGGUGUCGAUUCCCACAAGAUCAUCGUUGGAGUAGAUUACGGAACAACUUAUACUGGUCUCAGCUACGUGAGUACCGAGAAAAAGGAUAUCAAUGACAUUGUUGUCGUCAAUACAUGGCCUGGACCUGCUCGAGAUGCCGACCACGUUGAGAAGGCCCCUUCUCGUAUCGCAUAUCCUAACGAAAAUACCGACAUGGAAUCUCCACGGUGGGGGUAUCAAGUCGAGCCUGGCAUGACAGCGUACUCCUGGACCAAAUUGCUGUUGGAACAACGCAUGCCGCUGGGUGGAUAUGAAGACCAGAAUCUGGAAGUUGCCUCGAAGGCAGGAAUCAUGAAACUUCCCGAGGGAAAAACCGCCGUUCAGGUCGUUGCCGACUUUUUGACGGAGAUUCGUGAUCACGCGCGGAGAAUUCUGGAGAAGCGGAUUACAGAAAAGAUACUUGCCGCAACGCCACUUGAGUUUUGGCUGACGAUCCCAGCGAUUUGGUCUGAAAGUGCGAAGAAUGCCACGAGAGAGGCUGCCCUACUUGCUGGCUUUGAGGGAUCGUCAGAUCGUCCAAAGGACCGUAUCUUCAUGAUCACUGAACCAGAAGCAGCGGCUGUCGCCGCAAUAAGGAAGUCAAUACAUGACGGAAUGGGGGACUGUGUCAAGCCAGAAGACGGAGUGUUGAUUUGCGAUUGCGGAGGAGGUACAGUUGACAUUACGACAUACCUAAUUUCCGAAACGAGCCCCCAAUUAGUAUUCGAAGAGUUAUGUACAGGAAUAGGUGGGAAAUGUGGAUCGACAGCCAUUGAUCGAAACCUUUAUGCACUAAUGUCAGAGCGAUUCGGAAAUGCAUUUGAUGAGAUUCCUCUAAAGAGAAAGGGCCCCGGGAGUGAAUUCAUGAAUAAAUUCGAGCGAGUCAAGAGAGACUUUGGUUUCUCCAAGGAGGAUAAGAUCAAUGAACUCAGGCUGAAAAUGAAUUUAAAGGAUCCCGAUCCCACGUUCUACGACGAGGAGGAGACCUUUGUUCUGCUUUCCAACAACGACCUACGAAAGAUGUUUGACCCAAUCAUUAAACAGAUCAUAGAGCUCCUGCAGCAGCAGAUAGAAGACGCGAACAGGGAGGCAGAAAGAGAGGCUAUCAACCGCAUAAUAUUAGUUGGAGGUUUUGGAGACUCCUAUUAUCUCCGACAAGAGUUGGUAAAGCAUUUCGAGUCAGCUGGCAGGAUAACAAUCACUGUUCCAGACAAUCCCCAGUCAGUCAUCGUCCGUGGCGCCGCACUCCGUGGACUGGAAGGCAUCCGUCCAAAGACGAGAAGAAGUCGACGACAUUAUGGAUUCCAACGGUGGAUUCCGUUCCGCGAAGGAACUGAUUCAGAACUUGACGCGCGAACUGAUCCGUUCACUGGGCUCAAGAUGGUGUCUGGGAUUAUGAAAUGGAUGAUUGCCAAGGGCGAGAAAUAUGUCGAUAACUAUAAUUCAGAUCCUCAUAAUCUGAAGAUACUACAUUUUGAGGGUGAUAGCUUACGCAAGCACCUUCUACUUUUUUCUUGUGAUUUGCGUGACGCCCCUGAGAGAUAUGAUAGCGACAAAAUCGAACACGUUGGAAUGAUUGUAGUUGACUUCAGAAACGUUGAUCUUGCUCAAUUUGAGAAGAAAAAAGUCAACGGCAUAGAAACAACCGUGCUCCAAUACGCUGUCAAAGUCGUCUUUGGCGCUGAAGAGGGGGUGUUGAAGUUUCUAGUCAUUGCAAACGACGCGGUCAUUGGGACCGCCAACAUUGAUUUCUCGCAAAAGACGACUAUUUCGCAGGUACAUGUACCUCGCUCGUCGUCGCAGCCACGGAUGGCCCAGAAGUCUCUAGAAUACAGGUCGCCGAAGAAAGAUACCUCACCAUGAUGGGUAUGUCAAAGCAGGAUGCAGUUGAUUGAAUUGCUUUAUGGCUACGUCAACAUCCAUCUGCAUUCGGAGGCCCCUAGAAUAGACGAUUGAUAUCUCUCGCGUACUCGGUUUUACGGAAAGGGGGCAAUAUUUGUAUUGGAAGGCAGGGCUUCUUCUAUGACGGGACCGUAGCUGCGUUGUAGUGAUUGUUGUAAUGAGCAAAAUAGGUAGCUAGGAGUAGUACAAGGCUGGACGCGAAAACUGGGACCAGGAAUUCAGAGGGUGUUGCUGAGAUGUUAGAUAUUCCCAACUGUCUUUCUGCUAUAUCAUUAUAGAUUUUGUACUAGUCAAUAUAG